UACGUAGAAAUGUGCAGAUUUCGUUACUGACAAUAAACUUUAAACAACAACAGAAAAGAGUUGAUGAUAACUUGGCUAAAUAAACGAGCUUUUUAGCUUUUAAAAAGAAAGUUACAUAAUUUGUUUAUCAAAAAAUAGUGAAACGUAACAAUAAUAUUUACAUAAUUUUUAAGGAAAUCUCAAUACUACUAAAUAUAAUUUACCAACCCAUUUAUUGGGGUAUCAACAAUUCCGAUAACCCUAUUUGUAUCUGUGAAGUCAAGGCAAUUUUAUUGCAAGUAUCUAUUAAAACAUCGACUUUGUGUGUUGGAUCAAUUCAUAUUCAAUUACAAACAAUUGAAGGUAUGUCUCACCAAUCAUUUACUAACGGAAGAGACAUGAAAGCAUUUAUUAGAUUUGCCACAGCCUGUGCAUUAUUUCUCGUACAUUAUUGUAAAGCCACUGAUCAACAUUCGGUAAUAAUAGUAGGCGCAGGAUCAUCUGGAAUAGCCGCGGCUACGAAGCUUUUAGAAAACAAUUUCACAGAUUUUAUAAUCUUGGAAGCAGAAAACAGAAUUGGUGGAAGAAUAUUUACCGUUCCGUUCGGUAAUGGACUUGUGGAUUUAGGAGCCCAAUGGUGUCAUGGACAAAAGGACAACAUUGUUUACGAAAUUGUAAAGGACCUGGAUGUUUUAAAAGUCGAUGAUGUUAAUUCAAUCACCCAUCUGUAUACAAAAUUCUCUGUAGACAAAAAUACCAGUGAUACCGUAAACAGAUUAUUUGAGUCAAUUUACGAAAAUAUGGAAGAAGACCCAAACGCAGCUUCUCUUCACGACUAUUUCGUCAAAAGAUACAAUAACAGUAUUAAUGAAUUGUAUUCUGACAAACCGGAGAUUCUACAAUAUGCAAAAGACGCUACAAACUUAUACCUCGGUGCAAUAUGUUCUCUGGAAAGUAGUUUUGACGUGUCUGACAUUUCAACGCAAAGCGAAUACCAAAUAUGCGAGGGAGAUCAAUCCCUACAAUGGAAUGGGAAAGGAUACAAAAUAUUUUUGGAUAUAUUAAUGAAAAAGUAUCCCAAUCCGAACGAGAGUCUUCCCAUCGAUGAUAAAAUUUUAUUAAACAAAGAAGUUACAAAUAUAAAUUGGCAAAACAGUUUUCAACCAAAUUCAUCGAAAUCCGAGGUGAAAUGUUCAAAUGGAGAAGUGUAUUACGCGAAUCACGUUAUUGUAACGGUGUCUCUUGGUGUUUUGAAAGAAAAUGGUAGCACUAUGUUUACUCCAAAAUUACCAAAUGAAAAAAUUAAAGCGAUUGAUGACAUCGGUUUCGGAGCUGUUAUGAAAAUAUAUCUUUUGUAUGAAGAAAAGUGGUGGCCGGAAAAUUUGGGUUCUUUGAGUUUUGUUUGGUCUGAAGAAGAAAGAGAACGUUUAAAACAUGAGGGUCUUCGAUGGUAUUUAAAUAUCUUAUCUUUAAUAACAAUAAAAGGAAAUGAAAACGUUGUGUGUCUGUGGAUUGCCGGCCAAGAUGUACCUAAAAUUGAAAAUCUUACCGACGGUGAAGUCUUAUCAGGAAUUAAAUACGUUUCAGAUUUAUUUUUAAAGCCAAAAUAUAGAAAUGUGACGAAACCUUCAAAGAUUUUACGUACGAAAUGGCUGUCAUAUCCACAUUUUCGAGGAACAUAUUCUUACGAUUCCGUUAAAAUGCGUAAAAAUAAAAUAAGUCGUGGUGACUUAUCUGAACCAUUAAUUCACCCUGUUACAAACGAACCCGUUGUCUUGUUUGCUGGAGAGGCUAUGAAUCGUUAUCACUAUUCAACAGUGCAUGGUGCUACUGAGACCGGAUUUCGUGAAGCCGAAAGGAUACUUCAAAUAUAUAAAAAAAAUGUAUUCUAAAGCAACUGAAUGUAGGUAUUGAACUCAUUAAAAAAGUUUUGUAACUUUUAGAUAA